UCACAGCUGCAGGGCGUCGCGGUCCUUGGCUGUGGUGGACUGGUCUCCAGCCAUGAAAAAGUCCACUCCUUCCCUCCUGCGGCAGCGCCCAUCGCUCCAGGAGCCACUGGUUCCCGCUGAAUGCGAAGUCGAACACGGCUCCGGAAGCACGACGAGGUGGUCACAGUCGUCGAGCUUCACGUCUGAAGCAGGCCCUCUACCAACCUGCAGGGGACUGUCGGGACCGCUCAGCACCCACCGACCCCAUUCCAGCGACUUGUCGUUGACGUCGCGGCCAAUGGCUGUCGCAAGCUGACCGCGGGUCUUCUGGGCAGCAGCGGCCUGCAGGCGCGUCGGGAUGAUGAAUAAAACGACUCUACGGCGGGUGAGGUCGUCGCCCAACGCCGCGCGGAGCAGCCGCAGGGCCAUGCAGUCGUCGUCUAUGGUGCCACCGGUCGCUGCCAUGAAGAAAAGUCGAAAGAAACAGCCGCAAUUAUCGUCCUGCUUGAGUUCGACCACCGCUGCACCAGCCGCUUGUUGUUGUCCUCGAUCAAGCUCUUGUCGACCAGCGCCACGCCGUACCUGUCGAGGGACAGGUAGAUCCGCUUGGUGAGGGAUCUCCCUUGUCUGAGAAGCGUCACGGGGACAAUGGCCGUAUUGACCCACUCAUCCUUCGGCUCGACGGCAUUGGCGAUGAUCUCAUCGAGCUGUUGGCGGGGAAGCAGCUUGUCAGGGAUCGUAAGCAUGCCAUUGAAGAGGCGCAGCGUUGAUGAAUGAAAGGACUGUCUGUCGGGUGAGGCUGUCGCCCAACGUCGCGCGGAGCAGCCGCAGGGCCAUGCAGUCGUCGUGUGUUGUCG